GCCGAUACUGGCCACGCCGGAAACCUAUUGAGGAAAGGCUGAGGGAUACCCGGUGCUUGAAGAUUCCGGUGAAUCUUGUAUUCCACAGACUCAGAAGAAAAAUCGGGUGGUUUUUCAUCCGCUAAUUGUCAGGUUUUGGGGGCAGUGGGAAGCAGGAGUUGGGACAUGGACAGCCGCUUGCAGGAGAUCCGGGAGCGCCAGAAGUUACGGCGACAGCUCCUUGCGCAGCAGAAUUUCCCCAACUGCCAAACGGAAUUUGCAUUACCAUUUUUUAGUUGGGAGCAGAAAGUGCUGACAGCAUUGGUGCCGUGUUAAAUAGCAAAGAUGAGCAGAGAGAAAUUGCUGAAACAAGAGAAACUUGCAGGGCUUCCUACGAUACAUCUGCUCCAAAUGCAAAACGUAAGUAUCAGGACGAAGGAGAGACAGAUGAAGACAAAAUGGAAGAAUAUAAGGAUGAAUUAGAAAUGCAACAGGAAGAAGAGAAUUUGCCUUAUGAAGAAGAGAUUUAUAAAGAUUCUAGUACUUUUCUUAAGGGAACGCAGAGUUUAAAUCCCCAUAAUGAUUACUGCCAACAUUUUGUAGACACUGGACAUAGACCUCAAAAUUUCAUCAGGGACGUAGGUUUGGCUGACAGAUUUGAAGAAUACCCUAAACUGAGGGAACUCAUCAGGCUGAAAGAUGAGUUAAUAGCUAAAUCUAACACUCCUCCUAUGUACUUACAAGCAGAUAUAGAAGCCUUUGACAUCAGAGAACUGACACCUAAAUUUGAUGUGAUUCUUCUGGAACCCCCUUUAGAAGAAUAUUACAGAGAAACUGGCAUCACUGCUAAUGAGAAAUGCUGGACUUGGGAUGAUAUUAUGAAGUUAGAAAUUGAUGAGAUUGCAGCACCUCGAUCAUUUAUCUUUCUCUGGUGUGGUUCCGGGGAGGGAUUGGACCUUGGAAGAGUGUGUUUACGCAAAUGGGGUUACAGAAGAUGUGAAGAUAUUUGUUGGAUUAAAACCAAUAAAAACAAUCCUGGAAAGACUAAGACUUUAGAUCCAAAAGCUGUCUUCCAGAGAACAAAGGAACACUGCCUCAUGGGGAUCAAAGGAACUGUUAAGCGUAGCACAGAUGGGGACUUCAUUCAUGCUAAUGUUGACAUUGACUUGAUUAUCACGGAAGAACCUGAAAUUGGCAAUAUAGAAAAGCCUGUUGAAAUUUUUCAUAUAAUUGAACAUUUUUGCCUUGGUAGAAGACGGCUUCAUCUAUUUGGAAGAGAUAGUACAAUUCGGCCAGGCUGGCUUACAGUUGGACCAACUCUUACAAAUAGCAACUAUAACGCAGAAACAUAUGCAUCCUACUUUAGUGCUCCUAAUUCCUACUUGACUGGAUGUACAGAAGAAAUUGAGAGACUUCGACCAAAAUCACCCCCUCCCAAAUCCAAGUCUGAUCGGGGAGGCGGAGCUCCCAGGGGCGGAGGAAGAGGUGGAACUUCAGCGGGCCGGGGCCGAGAAAGGAAUCGCUCUAACUUCCGAGGCGAAAGAGGUGGCUUUAGGGGUGGCCGUGGAGGCGCACACAGAGGCGGCUUUCCACCUCGGUAACUUUUUAAGACACUGACCUGUUAAUGCCCCUAUACCUUCUUCCCUGUAGUUUGAACUCCAAUUGGGGGACUUUGUUUACUACUCAAUUCCAGCUUGCACUUUGCUUUAAUUUCUCGAAGCUGCAGGAAUAUCUUAGCUAAUCUCCCUCAUAGUUGUUACACACAUUGGGUAGUUUUAUCCCAGAAAAACAGAUCAUCCUGCCUUUGGUCAUGUGCAUGUAACUUGACAAUGAAACAAAUACCUUCCUUUCAGAGACUAAUUUAUUCUGGUAGAUUCCAACUAAUUACAGAGGCUUUUGCUUUUUAGAAAUAGUUUAAGUGAACAGUGAAAAAGUCCCAAUCUGUAGUGUCAUACUAGUGCCAAGAGCAGUUGAUAAUAGGCAUCCUGCCACUGCUGUCAUAGCAAAUGGAAGGCUCUUUGGGAGCCUUGAUAGAAUGGAGUUGGGACAGAUGGUUAACUUCUGUCAAAGUUUUAACAUUUUCUUGAUGAAACAAUAAAAAGAGACUUUUUUUUCUUUUUAAAAAAUCUUAUACUCAGAUAUAAUUUGACUACUACUGAGAAAUUGAGAGAAUUCGAACAAAAUCACCUCCUCCCAAAUCUAAAUCUGAUAGGGGAGGUUGGCGCUCCCAGCGGUGCGCAGAGGAAGAGGUAGAAUUUAGUAGGCAGACUUAAAAAGAGAAAAAGCUCAUCAUAAUUUCAGUUGCAUAGCUGCAGAUGACUGAAUCACAUUUCUUAGGAAGCAAAGGAGGACAGAUAUCCAAGUGCUAGAACUUUGAUAUAGACUUGAACUUGGAUUGACUUUCAAAGCAGCUUUAUAUUCCUUAGGAAAGUAAAAGAAAUGCAACAGAGACCUGGUUAUCAGGUGUUUUGGAGAAUAAAGUAUUUGGUGAUGAGGAAAUGACAUCUUUAAACUUGUUAUGGAGAAAACAGUAUAAAAACCAAUUACAGAAAACCCUCAACUAAGACAGCUUAGAAAAAUGGAACUGCAGUUGCCUUUUAUUAAAACCGUAUGGUGUGUUUUUAAGAGCGUGGUUUUGCAGAUAGAUUGGUUGUAUAAAACUUUCUGCUGUCAUUUCUCUUUCUCUACUAUAACUCAUGUUUUAAAUGAAUUUAAUGAAUGAAAUACCAUUAUUCUUGAAAAAUAUAUUUUUUAUUUUGUGUACAAUUUUUCUAAUGAAACUUUAAACCUUUGAAAUGUGGGAGUCUGUUUUCUGUAAGUGGAAUUGCCUUUGUUACCAAAUGAAAAGGACUGACUUAAGAUCAGACUUUUGUUUUGGUCUGUGAUGCAUUUUAGUAGCCAUUCUCAGCUUUUCAUUGGCUUCUGUUAUACCUAAAGUAAGGUUAUAUUGUACGCACUAAAGACUCAGUUUAAAGAUAAGGGCUGAAUUGUAGAGAUAGGGUUGCUCAAUCUGUUGGUACUUUGUAGUACAAAUAGCAUUUGACUAAUGCCUUUCUUGAUGUAGAUCUGUAGAUACGAAUCACAGCUGGUUAGAAUUUUUACUGAAAUGAUCCUGUAUUUUCAACUUCAGUAAUUAUAAAGUAUCUAGAGAUAGAACUGUAUUUGUCAAAGUUGACAUGAGAAUAAAGAUAGAUGUUCUAAUUGCCCAGUGUGGGUCUUUAGAAAUACCAGUUAGAAGUGACCCCGUCCUAUAAAGGAGACUGUCUAGUGUAGUCCACACCCUGGGCCUAGCCAAGGGAAGGCAACAUUCUUUGUGCUUACCUGACCUAGUUACCUGUGAGAUGCUUAUCAUAAUGUCAUCUUACAGGGAGUUACGAAUGGUUUCUUUGUAGGUUGAAAGUUAAAUAUGCCCACCAUAUUUAUAAUAGAGCAAAUAAGAAAGGGGGGGGUGGGGAAAAUGCAAGGCCUAGAAUUAUCUCUUUGACAAUGUAAUGUGGAAUUUUUAUAGCACAGGAUGGCAUUGACUCACUAGUUUUGCUACCCUUCACUUUCUUUUUUUUAAAGAUUUUAUUUAUUUGACAGAGAGAUAGCGAGAGCAGGAACACAAGCAGGGGGAGUGGGAGAGGGAGAAGCAGGCUUCCCACCGAGCAGGGAGCCAGACAUGGGGCUCGAUCCCAGGACCCUGGGAUCAUGACCUGAGCCAAAGGCAGAUGCUUAACGACUGAGCCACCCAGGCGCCCCAGCUACCCUUCACUUUCAGUAAAGGUUAGGGUAUCAUUUUUAUGACAGAAUCUUUAUUCAUUGAGGAAACGUUUCCAGUGAAAACUCACUAAUCUGACCUCUUCUGGCUUGUGAUCAUCCUUAUAUUUAUUUACUUGUCUUACAUUUUCAAAAAAUUAUCUAGGAAUUACCCCAAAUAAGUUAAUUUAUAGUUGUUUCACUUAACAGAUUCCUUAUUGGGGAUAGAAGCUAAUAAUUGUGAAAUAACCUUACAUUUUUCAGUUUAAAAGUUCUAAGAUCAGCAUAUCUAGUAUACAUAAUUACAAUCCCAAGUAUUCCAGUCCAAAGUUGAUGUUUAUUUUCAUUGGUAAUAGUUCUCUCCCUGUUACCUAGUUCCCUUCAAAGGAUGGAGAUUAGGAGGCCUAAAGUACUACAGUUCUUCUGUGGAGGAGUUGAUGAUGUCAUCUAGAACAGAUUUUGUGGUGGGGCAUAUCAUACCCAAACACUACUGAACCAGAUUAGACCAAGGGAUUAUGGAGAUGUCAGUCCAAGAGUAGAAUGGUCACCAGGAAAUGGCACAGUGUGAGAGGUGUCAAACUGGGAGUGGAGAUCAAGCGUGGAGGAGAGUCUGGUUAUGGCGGCCAGGUCACAAGUCCAAAGUUGGAAUGGGUCAGCAUUGCAGCAGCAGCAUAGACUCUUCUGAUGCUCAGGUCAGUCAACGAGCCACCUGUGAGUCCUUAGCCCGUAAAUCUGGAAACUGAAACUACGUGUCUGUCUCUGUCCUAAAGCUGAGUAAGUGUCAUACCAUAGUCUGAUUUUAAGUUGAUGGAGUUUUAAUGGCAAGGGGCCUGCAUGUUAGUGUGCUAUCCAUAGCUGAGAUCCUGUGUCAUGGCUGUUUCUAGGAAUGAUUCCUUUUUAUGUCUUCCAGAAUACUUCCUAGUCGUUUUAAUUUGCUAAAUUACAACUUUCUGAUUAGUUUCAGCAGCUUAUUUUAAAACCUGUACUGCUUUCAUCCUGAAUUUAACUACAUAAGAUUUGGUCUUUGAAGUUUAGUUCCAGAUUUUUUCUCAUUUGUUUAAUCUUUAUUCCCUUGACCCCAUGGGACUCAUUCUAAAUAGUAGUUUUUGAUCUAAAAGUGUCUUACAUUUUUGUGAGCUGUUAAAAACAAACUUUUGCUUAUAAGAAGGGCCUUUCUUAGAACGAUCCUAUGUUCUUGGGGUCCAUGUAGGACUUUUUAGCAUUACUCUGUCUUUGAUAUUUGGUGAUAGUUUAGCUUGGGUCUCAAGUAUAUGUAGUCAAUCAGUUCUAAAGUUGUAAAUCUAGGACUUCCCAGCCAUGGAGAAGACUCCCCUUUCUGGAAAAGCCACAUUGUUCCUGCUUGCAAGGUCUCUGUCAUUUCCUCAGAUACAAACACGCAAGCUGUAGUGCACAGAGAAAACUACCCCAUUUAAUCUAGAUAAUUCUUUUCCAGCAAACCCGCUUUCCAGUAUUAGACAAAAUGUUGAAAUGAUCAGUUUGUGUAUGUGUUACACUUCUUGUCUUUAUGUCUGGAGGGUGCUAAUAAAUAGUGAAAUUGGAUAACGUAGGUGUUUUCCAAUUCUAAAUAAUGGAGAAUCUAGAGGUCAACAAUAUAAAACGCAUACAGGAAUCAAGCAUAUAAUAUAAAUUGGUGAAGCAAGCCAUGAGUCUGUUUUAUAGUGGAGUAUUUAUCUUUUUUGACAUUCUUCGGUUGCAUAUUAAACAUGGGAAUAUUUACUUUCAUUUAUCUCAUCUGUUUUCCCAGUUUGAUGGGUUUUUUCAAGCCCUAAGAAAAGCAGAGCAGCACAGAGCACUUUAAUAAACAGCCACUGACUUGAUCACAGGCCCAUGGAGACUAGAGAGAAAGGUAGGGGGACAGGAGAGCUCACCCCCGGGGUAAGGUGGACAUCACUACUCCGCUCCACCUCGUUGUCACCACACAGGGAAGACGGUAAGUCUGAGCUACCCGUGUGAAAUCUCCCAGAUUCUUAGAUGCUGGCAAUUAAAUUUGUGUCCUUUGCUACAUUUCCUUUUGUUAAAAUUAGUUUGGCUAGCUAAAGCCUGCAUGCAUAUUUUAAAUUCUUGUCUCUAACCACCAGUGACUAGAUCUAUUAAAAGAAGGGGGAAAAACGUUACUCAAUUGGAACAAGAAGCCACCAGCUUUGGAAGCAUGUGAUAUAGUCAGUGUCCUUUGGAACAUUCAUAGAAGAUUGCAGAUGUGGACUAAUACUUUAAAGUGGCAUACAGUGACGUGACUGCAAGCCAUUUGUUUGUCCAGUGGGAGAAAAUGUAGAGGUCUAGGCCUGUGUUGUCACAAAACACACCUUUUAUAGAAUCCCAUACCUGUACAAGUUUUUAGUUUACAGUUACACUUGUUAAGAUCAUAAAAGAGUAACUGCAUUAUUCUGUUUUGUCUUUUUUUAUUUUAUUAUGUUAAUCACCAUACAUUACAUCAUUAGUUUUUGAUGUAGUGUUCCACGAUUCAUUGUUUGCAUAUAACACCCAGUGCUCCAUGCAGAAUGUGCCCUCUUUAAUACCCAUCACCAGGCUAACCCAUCCCCCCACCCCCCUUUGCUCUAGAACCCUCAGUUUGUUUCUCAGUGUUUUGUCUUCUUAAAGCAGAGGACAAAAAAUCAGUUUUGUUCAGAGAUAGCCAGUUUAGUAGUUUAUGCUGGUUAAGUUUCUAAGGUAAUUGCCUAAAUGUCUUAUGGAAUUUGCUGUCAUUUUAUGGGUUUAUGCUUCUCAAGACAACUGGGUAGACACAUACUUUAAUAUUUAGUAAAGGAGAGGCUUUUAAUGUAAUAAUAUUGGUCAUAAUUCAUAAAAAUUACACAGGUGGAUGGAUUAUUUGGCCUUGUCCAAAAAUGUAGGCUUAUAUGCAUGGUAAAUAGGAGCUCCAGAUCAUAGCUUACCUUUCUGCUCUUACGUCUUAUUGAAAAAAAUUUUUUAAGCAUAUAGUAGUACCCCCUUAUCCAUGGGGCAUACGUCCCAAGACUUUAGUGGAUGCCUGAAACCAGGGAUAGUACCAAACCCUAUAUAUACUAAGUUUUUUCCUAAACAUACAUACCUGUGAUAAAGUUCAGUUUAUAAAUUAGGCAUACUAAGAAAUGAACAACAAUAAUAGAACAAUUAUAACAAUAUACUGUAAUAAAAGUUACGUGAAUGUGGUGGUUCUCAAAAUAUCUUAACUGUACUCACC